AUGGGUGACCUCAUUGACACUUGUCCUCUGCCUGUCUUACACGGCGCCAGCGCUUUUGGGACCAAGCUCUGCUUCUACUCCAUUACGAAGGCAGGAUUGAUCUUGCCCGAGCACAUCCCUUGCUCCUUGCCAUACGUGAUCGAUACCGCACCGGUUGACCUCUGGAACUACGAUAUCCUCACGGACAAAGGUGAGGCUGAAUUGCGUCGCAUUGCUGAGGUCAUCACCACCGAGUGCGCCCAACCUCCACUAGAUUUCUUCUAUGCUGUUCAUAGCGGAGGGGUACUAGGACGUGAAUCCUGA